AUGGUUUCCUUGGCAAACUCACAAACAUUAGACACUGGAAAAAACGUGCCAAAGUCAACACCGGAAGCCGACAUUGAAGCCAAUCAGCCUCCGGAAAGUAAAAUCAAAAAUAAAGGAGCAUACCACCCCGAUGAUUUAAAAGACUUACCACCUGAUGGAGGAGUCGAAGCCUGGACGGCAGCCGCGUGCUCGUUGUUGUAUUGUUUUGCUUCUUGGGGGUCAGUCUCUUCAUACGCAGUGUUCUUGAACUUCUACUUGACCAGUGAUAUUCUCCCCGGAAUAACCAAGAUCGAUUAUGCUCUUGUUGCAGGGUUGACUAUGUGCCUAUUGUUAUGCUGUAGCUUUGUCGUUUCUGGGCUUCUUGUCAUCUGGAACGUCAAAGUAGUCGCCACUAUCGGACUAGUCCUCCAUUUUGUCGGCAUGCUUUUAGCCUCGUUUUCCGUAAAUUACUGGCAAAUGAUUCUUACUGAAGGUAUUUUAUCAGGGUUGGGAUGCGGAAUUUUAUUCGCUAUUGCCGUGAUUUUAGUUCCUUCUUGGUUUCUCAAAAGAAGAACCAUUGCCAGCGGACUACAAUUCGCUGGCACCGGCUUGGGAGGAUGCGUUUUCAGCCUUGUAUCACAAGCCAUGAUAGAAAGAACUGGUAAUCAACGUUGGGCUUUACGGACUAUCGCCUUUAUUGCUUUGUUUCUUAAUGUGAUUGCCACAGCCUUGGUGAAGCUUAGAAAACCUUUGCAUAUCAAAGCGGUCAAAGAUAAUAACCAAGGACAGUUCAAAACCUUCAUCCGUGCCAUGAGAGUACCACUUCAACCUAAAGUCUGGUUCACCAGCACUGCGCUUAUGUUGGUUGGAUAUUUCUGUAUCUCUUCAAUCGGUUAUGUCAUCAUCCUUUAUUCGCUCUCCAACUUCGCGGUCUCCGUGGGUCUCAGUGCCAAGCAAGGGUCUGAUGCCCUUGCCAUCUUGAAUGCUUGUCAGUUCAUCGGGCGUUUGAGUAUUGGGAUCAUUGGUGAUAAGAUCGGGCGCUUCAACAUUUCGAUGCUCAUGUCCUAUACCGUGAUCAUUUUCACUUUUGCGUUUUGGAUCCCAAUCACCACGUACGCCCAAGUGAUUGCCUUCAGCGCGAUGAUGGGGCUAGUCAUGGGUUAUCAAUUCGUUACCAUUUCCCCAAUUAUCGCCGACUUCUUUGGUGUCAAGAACUUCCCUGUCGUUUGGUGUUUGAUAUCUUUUGUGAACUCAAUUGUUGGGUUGGUGUCCGAACUUAUCGCUUUGGGUCUUAAACGGAGCGACUCUGCGGAAAAGCCAUACCUUUACGCCCAAAUUUUCACAGGUGUAAUGUUUGCCGUUAGUUCUUUUUUCCUCCUUCCAUUACGUGAGCUCAAGAUCAGUAAUAUCAUUCGCCAAUGGAAAAAUGAAGCCGAAGAAGAACUUGUCAAUACUGCGAAUACCAAUUUUUCUGAUGAUAAAGAUAAAACCGAACUGGACAAUGGUAAAGACCUCCAAUUUCGUAUUGAAGAUCAUAGAAUAAACCAAUACAAUGACCUAUUGGCCACCACUCCGAGUGCUUAUCUUAAACGUGUGUUUUACCCUAUUGCUGCUUGA